AUGGGCGAUUUCAACAAUGAUACUUGGCUAGAUAUUGCUGUUGCUAAUCAUGCUGCUGACAAUAUAGCCAUAUAUUUUGGAUAUGACAAUGGCACUGUGGCAAGUCCAGUCACGUUUUCAACUGGUUCUGGCUCUGCUCCGUACAUGAUUGCUGUUGGUGAUUUUGACAAAGAUCAUCGACUGGAUGUUGCUGUCGCAAAUUUCGGCACAAAUAGCGUCGGUGUACUUCUUGGAUUUCAAAAUGAGACUUUUGUGAACCAAACAGCUUUAUCAACUGAAUCAUCUCGUCCAGUUUGGGUCCAUGUAGCAGAUCUAAACAAUGACGCAGCAUUAGAUAUUGUCACUGCUAACUAUGGGACACAUAGUAUAAGCAUAUUUUAUGGAUAUGGGAAUGCAAGCUUUGCAAACUCAAGCACAUAUUCUACAGGCUAUGAUUCUUUCCCGUUAGCGGUUGUUAGUGGCGAUUUCAACAACGACAAACAGAUGGAUCUUGCUAUCACCAAUUAUGGUACCAAUAAUGUCGGUAUACUUCUUGGAACUAGUAACGGCACUUUCAUAAAGCAAAGCACGUUCUCAACUGGUCCAAAUUCUCAUCCAUACUCGCUUGCUGUUGGUCAUUUAAAUGACGACCUCAUGCUAGAUAUUGCCGUCACGAACUAUGGAAAUAACAGUGUAGGUAUUUUUCUGGGUCAUGGCAACGGAACUUUUAUGAGCCAAAUGACAUAUUCUCUCAACGCUGCUUCUCCAUAUUCUAUUGGCAUUGGUGACUUCAACAACGACAAUCGAAUGGAUUUAGUCGUCACCAAUAAUGGCACAGACAAUAUAGCUCUGCUUGUCGGAUAUGGCAACGGUACUUUUACAAGUCCAAAAAUGUAUUCAACUGGAUCUUCUUCAUCAAUUUCCAUUGCCAUAGGCGAUCUCAAUAGAGACGAUCGUGCAGACAUCGUCAUCGUCAGCAAUGACACGAACAGCAUCGGUAUUCUGCUUGGUUAUGACGAGGUUUCUUUCGAAAACCAAAAGACAUAUUCAACCGGCUCUUCACCAACAACUUUAGUUGUGGGUGAUUUUAACAACGACACCCGAUUGGAUAUGAUCGUCGUUAAUGACUAUGACAACACUGUAAGUGUACUUCUGGGAUAUGGAAACGGCUCUUUUGAAAAUCAAACGACAUAUUCAACUGGCACUGAUCCAACCUCCAUAGCUGUUGGUGAUUUUAAUAACGACACUCAGUUGGAUAUUGUCGUCACCAAUGAGAAUAGCAACACUAUAAGUGUACUUCUCGGAUAUGGUAACGGGUCUUUUGCAGAGAAAGCCACACAUUUAACUGAUUCUUAUCCAUUUUCUGUAGCUGUAGGUGACUUUAACAACGACAACCGAUUGGAUAUUGUCGUUAUCUCCCGUUCCGGUGACCAGAAUUUAUGUGUACAUCUCGGAUAUGGUAAUGGCUCUUUUCUAAGUCAAAUACCAUCUUUAACCAAGUAUCACCCAACAUCUGUAGCUGUUGGGGAUUUCAAUAAUGACACCCGACUGGAUAUUGUCGUCGCUGAUCCUGAUUACAACACUGUAAGUGUACUUCUCGGAUAUGGCAAUGGCUCCUUUGUCAAUGAAACGACAUAUAUAUCUGGCACUGCGCCAUUUUCAGUAGCAGUUGAUGACUUUAAUAAAGACAUGCGACUAGAUAUUGUUGUCGCUAAUAGAUUUGGUGGCACCGUGAGUUUACUCGUUGGAUAUGGAAAUGGCUCUUUUGCAAUUCCAACAGCGUAUCCAACUGGUUCUGGCCCGAAAACUGUUGCUGUUGGUGAUUUUAAUAACGACACUCAAUUGGAUAUCGUCGUUACAAAUAGUUGGGACAACACAAUAAGUAUACUGUUAGGAUAUGGCAAUAGUUCUUUUGCAAACCCAAGAAUAUUUUCAACUGGCUCAAUGCCAAUCUCUGUAGCUGUUGGUGAUUUUAACAACGACACCCGAUUGGAUAUUGUCAUUACUAAUGACGACAACAGUAUUAGUGUUCUACUUCGUAAUGACAUAGGAGCAAUGGCAAACGAGACCACUCUUGCAUCUGGCAAUGGUUCAUAUUUGCGAAGUGUUGCCGUUUUCGAUGUCAAUAACGAUACCAUACUGGAUAUUGUCGUUGCCAAUUAUGGUACAAAUAAUAUAGGUGUCAUUCUUGGACACGGAAAUGGCUCUUUUGGAAACCAAACGAUGUUCUCGACAGGCUCUAAUUCUCGUCCUUACUCGAUUGCCAUUGGUUAUUUCAAUAAAGACGGUCAUGUAGAUAUCGCAGUGGCUAACUAUGGUACUAAACAUGUUGAGUUAUUUAUGGGUGACGGAAAUGGAGCGUUUGAAAGUCAAGUUAACGAUGGCAAUGGUCAUGGCUUUACUCCAUUGUUCAUUGCUGCUGGCGAUUUCAACAAUGAUGGACGUUCAGAAAUUGUUGUAGCAUACGUUGAGAUUGAUAACAUAGAUGUACUUAGUGCCUAUGAUAAUCCAUCAUGGUCUCAUCAACUGACAUAUUCAACUGGCCCCGUACCAACCUCCGUAGCUGUUGGUGAUUUUAAUAACGACACUCGACUGGAUAUCGCCGUCACUAAUUGGGUUGAUAAUAGUGUGAGUGUUUUUCUAGGAUAUGGAAAUGGCUCUUUUGCCAAUCAAAUGAAAUAUGCAACUGGCACUUAUCCAAACUCUAUAGCUAUUGGUGAUUUUAAUAACGACACUCGACUGGAUAUCGCCGUCACUAAUUGGGCUGAUAAUACUGUGAGUGUUUUUCUAGGAUAUGGAAAUGGCUCUUUUGCAAAUCAAACCACAUAUUCAACUGGCUCUUCGCUAAAGGCUAUAGCUGUUGGUGAUUUUAACAAUGACACUCGACUGGAUAUCGUCGUCGCUAAUGGUGGUGAUAAUACUGUGAGUGUACUUCUCGGAUAUGAUAACGGCUCUUUUGCAGAGCAAACGACAUAUUCAACUGGCUCUGACCCAAUUGCUGUAGCUGUGGGUGAUUUUAACAACGACACCAGAUUGGAUAUGACCGUCGUUAAUUACUAUGGCAAAACUGUAAGUGUGCUUCUCGGAUAUGGCAAUGGUUCUUUUGCAAAACAAAUGACAUACUCUAUUGGUUCUUUUCCCACCUCCGUAGCUGUGGGUGAUUUUAAUAAUGAUAAUCGAUUAGAUAUCGUUGUUACUAACAGUGGAAACGAUACUGUAAGCUUACUUCUCGGAUAUGGCAAUGGCUCUUUUGCAAAUCAAGUGGCAUAUUCAACUGGUUCUAGUCCACAGUCCUUAGCUGUUACUAACAUUAAUAACGACGCCCACCUAGAUAUCGUCGUUGUUAAUUCUGGAGACCACACUGUUAGUGUACUUCUCGGAUAUGGCAAUGGGUCUUUUGUAAAUCACAUGAUAUAUUUAAGUGGUUAUUAUCCGAACUAUGUAGUUGUUGGUGAUUUUAAUAAUGAUACUCGUCUGGAUAUCGUCGUCACUGAUAAGGAAGGCAACACUGUAAGUGUACUUUUCGGAUAUGUCAAUCAAGUAUUAGUAAAACAGACGACGCUCAUCAUUGGCAACGGGUCUCGACCAAGGUCAUUCGCUCUUGGUGAUUUUAACAAUGAUGGUGAAAUAGAUAUUGCAAUCAUAAAUUCUGGCGCUAACAAAGUAGGAAUUUUUCUGGGAUAUGGCAAUUAUUCUUUCGCAAAUCAAAAGGCAUUUUUAACUGGCACUACUCCAAUGUCUGUUGCAGUUGGAGAUUUCAACAAAGAUACCAUACUUGAUAUCAUCAUUGCUAAUCAUGGUGAUGACAACGUUGGUGUAUUUCUUGGUUGCGGUAAUGGCUCUUUUUUAAGCCAAAACACGUUUACGACUGGUGAUAAAUCUCAACCUAGUGCAGUUGCGGUUGGAGAUUUCAACAACGACAGUUUACUAGACAUUAUCGUCGCCAAUUAUGGCACCAGCGAGUUAGGCGUGUUGCUUGGUUAUGGUAAUGGCUCCUUCGCAGAUGCAAAGUUUUUUUCAGUCGGUUAUGGAUGUCUUCCGUUCUCCGUUUCUAUCGGCGAUUUUAACAAUGACGGAAAGCUGGAUGCCGCAGUUGCCAACAAAGGCACUGACAGUUUACAAAUUUUCUUACAGUUGUGUUGAUGUUGCAACUUCUACCUUGAACCUUUUUUCUUUCAUUUACUGUGUUUACCUUCUAUUUAGUGUUACUCAUAUUUCUUGUUCCUUUUUGUCCUAUACAUUUAUUAAUUUAGAUAGUCAUAUAAAGGGUGUAGGUGUGUUUAUAAUAGAAAAAUUCGAAGUAUCAUACGACGCGUUUUGAAGUUCUUCAAUUCGUACGCCUGAUUGAGAUAUAAAAAUUCAUCAUGGGUGUGGAUGUUUUCUAUAAACUCUAAACCAAGUG